UGUCCACAGAUGACCAAGUCGCCAUUUUGAAAAGCAAAUUGUUCACAGCACACCCGCCCUGAGUACUGGAACUAUGCCGCGGGGCCGGCCUCGCAAACUGAGAGUUAAAAGCAACGACGAAACAGAUGCGGAUCCCAGUGAAAGUAAGGCGGAAAGUUUCAGCGAUGGAGAAUUCAAGGACAAGAAAUGCACGAUAUGCUCUCAGAUCUUCACCACUGAGAGCCAGCUGCAGAAGCAUCUCCGAGAACAUGAGAUCAACGAUAAGCCUCAUCGAUGCGACCAGUGCCCACAGACGUUUAACGUGGAGUUCAACCUCACACUCCAUAAGUCCACACACACAACCUCAGACUUCACCUGCCCCGUUUGCCAUAAAAAGUUCUCCCGCAUCGCCAGCCUCAAAUCCCAUAUCAUGCUGCACGAGAAGGAGGAGAAUUUGAUCUGUGUAGAGUGCGGAGAUGAGUUUGUUCUUCAGAGUCAGCUCUCUCUGCACUUGGAGGAGCACCGCAAGGAGUUGUCAGGCAUCAAGGUUUACACCUGCAAGACCUGCGAAAAGGAGCUCAAGUCGUCUGCACACCUCAAGGAGCACAUGAAGAGUCACAUCAAGAUGAGGCCGCUCACCUCUAGUUCCAGAAACUACAAGAAAAACAUUGAUCGCAGCGGGUUCUCAAACAGCUGCCAUCACUGCGGAAAGGCAUUCAAAAAACCCAGCCAGCUCGUCAGACACAUACGAAUACACACAGGUGAGAGGCCCUUCAAGUGCACACAUUGCGGCAAGGCUUUCAACCAGAAGGUGGUGCUGCAGACUCAUAUGGUGAGACAUACUGGGGAGAAACCUCACCUCUGCAUGUUCUGCCCUGCCUCUUUCUCCCAGAAGGGGAAUCUGCACUCCCACGUUCAGAGAGUUCAUUCUGAGACUAAAGGCGUACCACUGUUUCCGUGCAUGGACUGCAGCUGUGUAUUUAAGAAGUUGGGCAGCCUGAAUGCCCACAUCAGCAAGAUGCACAUCUCUGUGAUUGAGGUGCCCUCCAGCACUUCGGAGACAGAGACGACAGGUCAGGCUCCUGGGGGGUCAGAGGGUGGUGAGGCAGUGACAGAUGUCAUCCAGCAACUUCUAGAGCUGUCUGAACAGGUCAGCGGGGAGGCCGCUCAACCCCAACCUCCAGAACCAGCUAUUGCCAUGGAAACUGCAAUCAACCAGGACAUUCUACAACAAGCUCUGGAGAACAGCGGGCUCAGUGUGGUCCAGCCGCAGAGUGAUGCCACAUCCAGAGAAUCACAGAACCAGACCUCCGAGGGCGCUACUGUAGAAAGCAAGAAAGUACAGGGUCCAGACAAACCAGUCAGGGAGAGGAAAAGGAGCAUUUUCAAGAAACCUAUACAAAUGCCAGGCUCUAUUAGGGAGGAAAAUGGCGUUCGCUGGCAUGGCUGCCCAUACUGCUCCAAGGAGUUCAAGAAACCUAGUGAUCUUGUCCGCCACAUCCGCAUCCACACCCACGAGAAGCCUUUCAAGUGCAAACAGUGCUUCAGAGCUUUUGCCGUCAAGAGUACCCUAACAGCACAUAUGAAAACUCACACGGGUAUCAAGGCCUUUGAGUGUCAGUGCUGUCUGAAGUGCUUCUCCACCUCUGGCAGCAUGAAGGUACACAUGCGGCUACAUACAGGUGUCCGGCCUUUCCCCUGCCCUCACUGCGAUAAGAUCUUUCGUACGUCGGGCCACAGGAAAACACACAUCGCCUCUCACUUCAAAAGCUUGCAGCAGAAGAAGCAUAAGUUUCCCCGAAAAACCAACAAAGCCAAAGUGUCAAAGAGUAACCUACCUCUGCCUGACAUCCCCCUGCAGGAACCAAUCCUCAUCACUGACUUCGGCCUCAUCCCAUCCCAGAACCCUCGCCUGGCUUUCCAACAGUACCUGGAAGUGGUGGGCAGUGACCGGCCGUACAAGUGCCAGUUCUGUAAUAAGGCCUACAAGAAAUCAAGUCAUCUAAAACAGCAUGUCAGGUCUCAUACAGGAGAAAGACCCUACAAGUGCGUGCAGUGCAGUCGGGGUUUUGCCUCGUCGGGGGUUCUCAAAGCUCACAUCAGGACCCACUCGGGCCUAAAGGCGUACAAGUGCCUGGUGUGCGACACAACAUUCACCACCAGCGGCAGCUUGCGACGCCACAUGACUACCCACAGCGACCUACGACCGUACAUGUGCCCCUACUGCCAGAAGACCUUCAAGUCAUCACCCAACUGCAGGAAGCACAUGAAGACACACAGGUAUGAACUGGCCCAGCAGCUGCAGCCCCAGCCAACAGAAGACCCCUUAGGAGCGGGCACUGUGGCCCAUGAAAUGCAGGUGGAAAUAGAGGGCGAUUCCCUCCAGCAACCACCUGUUACAUCAGCAGAGCAGCAAAGCAUGCUGGGACUAGGCCAGACAGAAGUGGUAAACGGAGGUCAACAAGUGACGCUGGAGGCACCUCUGACCGACCAACCCCUAGUACAAGGAGAAGACUCGUAUGUGACUACCCAACAUGCUUUGCCUCAGAAUAUCAGCCAGUUUGAGACACCAGCACUCCCCCAGCCUGCUUUUGACCAGCAAGCUCUAACACAAGGCUUCACUAUUACUGAAUCAAGCUACAAUCAGACCCAGUUCUCCACUGUCCAGCAGCUGCAGGACUCAAGCACGCUUGAGUCUCAGGCCCUGUCCUCCAGCUACCAUCCCCCGAAUCUGCUCCACGUUCCCAGCGCUGAGGUGACGAACGGGCUUCUUCAGCAGAGCAGUCAGGCAGAACUGCAGCUGACGACUGAGACACAGGACUACCAGGACGACAGUGAAGACAAUAGCAAGAGAGCUUACAGGUGCAAUUGGUGUAAUAAAUGCUUCAAAAAGUCAAGUCAUCUGAAACAGCACGUGCGCUCCCACACUGGGGAGAAACCAUUCAGAUGUCACCUCUGUGGACGAGCCUUUGUAUCAGCAGGAGUACUGAAGUCCCACCUCAACACACAUACAGGAGUGAAGCCCUUCAAUUGUAAUGUUUGCGACGCCUCGUUCACCACCAACGGCAGCCUGAACCGCCACAUGCUUAUCCACAUCAAGUCUUUCAAAUGCUCCAUGUGUGACGAGAGCUUCAGGACCAGCCUGCUGUGUAAAAAGCACCUGAAGAAGGAGCACGCUGUGGGGGAUCGAAGCUCAACCUCAGUUCUCACAGUUAUAGGUCUGGAAAGUCAAGACGUCGACGAAGAGGAGGAGGAUGAGGAAGGGGACCAAAAAGCAUCCAAGAGGAGGGGUCUGGGUUUGGAAAUCAUCACUUUCACCGAGGAGCAGGCGGCUGAGCUGGCAAAGGAUCCCGGCGAGGAGGCCUCGGUGUCGGAGCGGAUCCUCGCCCAGUCAGCGGCCGAGAGGGAUCGGAUCAGCGAGAUCAAAGACAAAGCUGUAGAGCUGGAAACAGAACCCAAGUUUGCCAACUGCUGCAAUUACUGCCCCAAGAGCUUCAAGAAGCCCAGCGACCUCGUCAGGCAUAUUCGUAUCCACACGGGAGAAAGACCUUACAAGUGUGAUGAAUGUGGGAAGAGUUUUACAGUGAAAUCUACCCUGGACUGCCAUGUGAAGACACACACAGGUCAGAAACUGUUCAGCUGUCACAUGUGCAACACCUCCUUCUCUACAAAGGGCAGCUUAAAGGUGCACAUGCGCCUCCACACCGGCUCCAAGCCUUUCAAAUGUCCCUUCUGUGACCUCCGCUUCCGAACCUCUGGGCAUCGCAAAACCCACAUCCAGUGCCAUUUCCGGUCUAACAGCGAUGGCCGCAAGUCCAAGCGACCCUCAUCGUCUGCUGGUCAGGCCAACCAGGGUCAAGACCCAGGGACGGGGCAGGCUGUGGCCACAGGCCAAGGCCAGCAGACAGCAGCUUCAGAAGCUCUUCACUCUGUGGGGCUGCUACAAACUCCCAACUCUGACUCCAACAUUUACCUCCCAACAAACCAAGUCCUGACAGGACAGUUUGACCAGAAUCUGUUGCAACCAGGACUGGUGGGACAGGCCAUCCUGCCCGCCUCCAUGUCAGGAGAUCUGACUGUGUCCCUGUCCGAUGGCCUGACCACAUUGGAAGGCAUCCACCUCCAGCUGACGCCCGCCAACCUGGUCUGCCCUAACGUCCAGAUCUCUGGCAUCGACACCAGCAACAUCAACAACAUCACGCUGCAGAUUGACCAUACCCUCCUGCAGCAGACCUUACAACAGGGCGGUCUCCUCUCUCAACCCCUGAGCGUUGACACUGGCCUCGUGCCCCACUCUGGCAGCCAGCUCAUGUCCACCGCUGACCCCUCCGUGUCUGCCAAUGUCGUCAUCCACCCCCUGACCAGCCUGGCCCUGCAGCCCUCCACCAUCACACCUGCUCAGGUCACGAUGUCCGGCCUCUCCGAGCAGGACACUGCAGGUUCUCAGGAUUUAAGCCAUGUCAUGGGUAGCUCUGGACUGGUGGCUGGAGGCAGCGGAGGUCAGGAGAUCACACUGACCAUUAACAAUUCCAGCCUGACACAAGCCCUAGCCCAGGCCUCAGCUUCUGGUUCCAGCACCGGAGCAGGAAACCCUCAGGAGAUCACCCUCACCAUAUCAGGUCAAGAUCUGCUCCCUCAGCACAGCAACCCUAAUGGUGCAGAGAUGAAUGGCAGCGUCAGGCUGGCAUCACCACUCAGCAGCCAGCCCACCAGCGCAACCCUGACUAUCACCAACGACCACCUCCUACCUCAGAGCCCCGCCAACACUGGAAUGGCAGUUUCCAGUCUGCCACCAAGCACCACCCUAUCACAUACCGCUGCAUCCCAGGGCCUAGUGAUGUCACCGGGAGGCGUGGCAAGUGACGGCAGUGUUACAUUGACCCUGGCAGAUGCGCAGGGUAUGCUGGACGGUGUCACUCUAAACCUCAAUGCACAGGGUCAAACAUUUCCAGCAGUGCUGAAUGACUCUGGUCUAUCAGGACAGCCAGCCAGUUCAGGACAGCAGGUCAUACUGGUCAGCCACCAUUCCCAAUCUGCCAACGGGGUGUCGGACAAUGGAUAUAAUAUUACUGACGAUGGCCAUAAGGGUGGAAAGGACAGCCAGACAGAGGCUGAUAAUCGGAACCAGUGUUACUACUGUAAUCAGGUCUGCCAGAACGCCAACACAUUGCGCCGCCACUGUCGACUAGCUCACGGCAAGGACCGCUGCCACGUCUGCAGUCUCUGUAACAAAGCCUUUAAGCGAGCGACACACCUGAAGGAACAUGAACGAGUGCACCAGCCAGGCCCGUCACCCAGCUCCCAGAAACCCAGAGUCUUCAACUGCUCCUCCUGUGCAAAGGCCUUCGCCAAGCGUAGCCAGCUGGAGAGACACAACCGGACGCACACAGGCGAGCGUCCCUUUAAGUGCAGUCAGUGCGACAAGGCCUUCAAUCAGAAGAGCGCCCUGCAGGUUCACAUGGUCAAACACACUGGAAAGAAGCCCUUCAAGUGUGAGGUCUGCAGCAUCAGGUUCACCCAGAAGAGCAACAUGAAACACCACAUGAAGAGGUCCCACGGCUACGGUCAGAUCCAGGAAGUGUCCCUAGGCCAAGAAGAAGCAGCCCCCCAGGUCGAGGUGACACCUGAACUUGACCUGGAAGUGGUUCCUGAGUCAUCUGGAGACUGGCACAACGUUUUCCCCUGACUGACCACAAACCACACAAGUCCCAAGAGUCAAAAAUCACUGUACAGUGUAUUGAACACUGAUUGAGUUUUAUAACUAAACAGCAAAGCUUUGCCAAACAUAUUCCUUCUUUCAAAAGGGUUAUUUGGUUAGAAAAGAUGUAAGACAUCAUAAAUUUGCUCUGCUGUAUACUGAGGCUUUUACCGUUGCAGCAGCCCACUGCUGUUUAUCCAAAUUAGCAGUGAAGUAAGGGGGGUCUGGCUCCCUGUCAUUGGCUUAAUGACUUUUAUCUGUUUUGUUACUGCCUGAUUGUCAUCAAUAUGAUAAUCUCCGGAGAGGUUUGGCUCAAUAAACACAGGCAUCCCAGAGAAUUCUCCAGUCAGGAGAUAGCAGGUCCCUCUAAUGCUGAUGCUGUCUGAAAGAGAGGAAACUAUAGUCUGCGAAAAAGCUCCCCAGAGAACCAGUGUCUUGUCUCUCCGUCAUUGGUCUGCUCAGAGAGACAUAUGCGGAGCAGCAGCCAACUGUACUGCUGUCAUGGCUUCAAAAGCAGCUGUGUAACAGCACAUAACAUAGAAUGCUUUUUUCACUGGUUUAUGAAAAAUCUGAUUUUUUUUUUUUUUUUUACAUAUUUAUACUGUACAUAUUUCAUCUUAAUGUUACCUGAAGUGAGAUGGCAUUUGUAGUUUGCUACAUGAUUGUUUUAGUUCAAAUACAGCACCUUAAAGGUGCAGUGUGUAGAAUUUAGUGGCAUAUAGCAGAACUGACUUGGCAGAAAUGGAAUAUAAUAUUCAU